CCCCUCUUCUCCCAUGAUUGAGAAGCACGCACAAAUUAAACCCUGAGGUCCAGUGUGUACUCCUCCCUCUCCAGUUCGGUGGCUCCUUCCAAUACGGCGCACCACCAAAAAUCCCACCAAUCUCUCCCCCGGGAAUCGCAUGCCUCCCGCCACCGGCGUCCUGCCACGAGGCGGAUCUCGUCGCGCCGAUGCCCGCGACAGCCGCCUCGUGCCAGCUCGGACGCCGUGCUCCGCUUUGGAUAGCCUACUCUUAACCACCCCGCCCUUCCAAAGCAUAUUAUACCCAGCUACAUAAGCGCAGAGCACAAGCGGCCACAAGCCAUCCACACAAGGCACAAGGCGAAGCAGAACAGAGCCAUCCCAAUUGCCUCCACUAGUACACAAGAACAAAGCAACCGGAGCUACAAGGGGAAGGCAGAGGAGAAGACAGCCAUUCUUGCGGCGGCACAGGAGGCCGCUGCUGCAAGAAUGGCGAUAGGCGUCGGAGAGUGGACGCUGGGCCCGGCCAUCGGGCGGGGUUCCUCGGCCACCGUCUCGCUCGCAGUGGACCGUCGCACGGGCGCCGUUUUCGCGGUCAAGUCCGUCGGGGCCGCCCGGGCGGGCGAGCUCUGGCGGGAGCAGAGCAUCCUCCGCGGCCUGAGCUCUCCCCACGUUGUGCGGUGCCUGGGCUACUCCGGCGCUUCGUCGGCAGAGUGGUGCUACCUGUUCCUCGAGUACGCGCCCGGCGGGUCGCUCGCGGACGAGAUCAAGCGGUGCGGCGGCCGGUGCGAGGAGCGCCUGAUCCGGUCGCGGGCGCGCGACAUCCUGCGCGGGCUGGCGCACGUCCACGCCGCUGGCAUCGCGCACUGCGACGUCAAGGGACGGAACGUUCUUAUCGGCACCGACGGGCGCGCCAUGAUCGCCGACUUCGGGUGCGCGCGCCGGGUGUCCUCCGACGGCGGCGGCAUUGGUGCCGAGAAGCUGAGGGGAGGCACCCCGAUGUUCAUGGCGCCGGAGGCUGCCCGGGGCGAGGAGCAGGGGACAGCGGUGGACAUCUGGGCGCUCGGAUGCACGGUCAUCGAGAUGGCCAACGGUGGCUCGCCUUGGCCGCUGUUCCUCGACCCAAUUUCCGCGCUCCAUCACGUCGCGCUCUCCGGCGAGGUCCCGGAGUUUCCCCAGUGGCUGUCGGAGGAUGGCAAGGAUUUUUUGGCCAGGUGUUUGCGGCGGGACCCCAGAGAGAGGUGGACGGCGGAGCAGCUGCUCCAGCACCAGUUCGUGGCCACCGCUGCCUCUUCGUCGUCCAAUUCUAUCCAAAGUGUCACCGAGAAGGAGAUGUUCGCGUCCCCCAAGAGCGUCCUUGAUCAGGUCUUGUGGGACGUCUCGAUGGCGAACACCGAGGCGACCACGGCGCCAACCGAUAGACUCCGUGCACUGGCCGCCGGCACGCCGGUCGUGCCAGACUGGACCUGGGACGCGAAUUGGAUCACUGUCCAUCCUGGCGACAGCGACAGCGACGACAAUUAUUCAGUGUCGCCGGAGACGGAGCUAGAGGCUGACACGGGCAGGGAUUCCCAUGCCCGGGGCUCUGCUGCCGCGAGCGUCAGUGGCCUCCCAACUGCUGCGGAAGAAACAUCACAUGGCCAUGGCAAUUUUUACGACGACGCGAUUAGUAGCUGUAGUGGGGAGUCCACUGACAGCUUUUGCGGUGGUAAUCACGUGGUUAGGGAUUGUAACCUUGCAAUCACAAGCAAUGGAUUGUUUCACAGAUGUUCUGGUACUUUUGUUCUUUGUUGUCCAGCUGACCGCUUACGUUUCGCAUGUUCUCUUUUUUUCCGCUUUUUUUCCUCUUAUUUUUCCCAAUUACAACCAACAAUGUGCGACUGCAAGCUAGCAGCGUGGCGUACGGUCAUCUGA